AUGCUGGGGAGCCGGGAAGCAGGAACCGCGGGCGGCGGAGAGGCGGCUGCCGGGCCGCUGAGCGGGGCACACCCCGAGAAGGAGAUGCCUCCCGGCCGCGCAGGGUGUCGUCUCACCGGCCUGGUCAACUGGAGGCAGAGACCGUGCAGGACUUCAGCCCUGUUUGCUGCAGCCAACACGCUGUUCUGGUUCGUAGCCUUCACUUCUUUCCGAGCCUACAGCCUGUCGGCCGUCCUGCUGGCUCUGCUGGUCGUCAUGGUGACCGCCAGAGACAUCGCUCUGUCCAGAUCCACAGGAGCUCACUUAUGGCGCAGCAUGACGGCAAGCUGGGAGAUUAUUGACUCAGGCCAGGACAGCCGGUCUGGGACUGGACUUCAGCUCAGCGACUCCCUCAGACUCUUCCUCCAGGAGACAUCAGCUUUCAAACAGCAAAACCCUGGCAAGUUUUGCUUGCUGGUUUGCAGUUUGUGUACCUUCUUUGCUGUCUUAGGACGCUACAUUCCAGGGAUUGUUAUCUCAUAUAUUCUAGUGCUGGGCGUCUUCCUGUGGCCUCUGAUUUCAUUUCAUGAGGUCGGUUUGUGGCUGGAGCCAGUUCUGCAGAAGCUGGACUUUGGCCUUGGAGAGCUCCUUCGGAAAAUCAAAGAGAAUCAUGAGAAAAGACUCAUGCAGGCUCAGACCGAGAAAGAGGGCAUCGAGUCGGACCUCUCCUCCAUGUUUCCCAAGCUCGACUCCACAGUGUGUAAGGAAAUGUCUGUGUCGGAUACAGAGGUGUCUGAUGUGACAUGGACAGACAACGGUACAUUCAACCUGUCAGAAGGACACACACCACAGACUGAGAACUCAGAAGACCUCGACAGAGAAGAAGUAUUCACUGGCGGCCUCCCUGAAUUCCCGUCUCUUGACAACGGCACGACGAACGGCGACGACGACGAUGACCUCAGCCUCGGCCUUCCCUCGCCUCACCCUCAGUCCCAACAGCCAAUCAAAUCCAAGCAUACACCUCCUCCACAAAAAGACCAACCCGCCUCCAGCGCUCUUGAAUUGGUCAACCAGAUGGCGGGCGACGUCAUUGCCGCCGCAGUCACAGCCGCCAUCCAGGAGAGGAUAGAAGCGGCUGUCGGCAUCACAUUGGCGAGCGAACACCGAGAGCGGUCAAGACGCCCAGAAUCCACCAGGCUGCUGGAGCUGACCGAGGAGUCGGACAGCGAGGUGGAGGACUUUGAGCUGCUGGAUCAGUCGGAGCUGGAGCAGCUGGAGGGGGAGCUGGGGCUGGGAGAGGUGAAGGCCCAAGCCAAAGAGGAGGCUCCGACCCAGAGCGACAAACCGGCCUCUGAGGGAUUCUUCUCCAAACUCCUGAGACGCCAGUGAGUGAUGAAGAGUACGGUCUGCAGGGGAGGAAGACGGGUUACAGAGGACAUGUGGGGGACAACGUUUCCAUUCUUCUUUUUCCUAUAGAGCUAACAUCACCAUUUUAGAUCUGAUCAGUCUGUGAAAUGUGGAGGAGCAAGUGACGUAAUAUCAAAAUCAUCCCACAUAAUGCCGAGAUCAGACUACACAGUAUAUUUUUCUUUUUUUUUUUACUUUUUAUUUGUUAACUCAUUUCAUCCAUGCAUGUAAUUUGUUCUCCAUGAUACAACUCAUUUCAUCAUUUAAUAUAAAUAAAAACAAGACAAAAAACAUACCAUAACAUGAGCAUCAUAUAUAA